UGAGAGAGCUCCCCCAUUCAUUUCCUCCUGAGUAGCCCACAGAAGAGGAGGAGGAGAGAGAGAGAGAGAGAGAGAGAGAGAGAGAGAGAGAGCAGGCAAGAACCAAGGAAAACAAGGCAGAACAGCAAAAGAAGACAAAAUAAUAAAAAAAAAAGAAAAAUUCCAUAAGGACGCUUUAAUAAGAGGAUAAGAGUUUUUUUUUCUCUGCUGGUCCGAGACUUCAAAUAAGGAUGCUGAUGCUGGACGGGAUGCCUGUCCUGCGAGUGAAAGCAGAACCGCUGCAGGCUCAGAGACGGUCUCCUGAAAUCCGAGCGUAUCCAGACAUGGGCGUGCUGGUGAUGGACAGACGGGUCCGGACUCAUUCUCCCGACAGACGCUUCCCCUCCGACCCCUUCCAGACCCAGACAGAGCCUGUAGACCUUUCCACCAACAGAUCCCGCUCCUCCCCUUCUUCUUCAUCAUCUUCAUCAUCAUCCUCAUCUUCUUCAUUAUCACCGUUAUCAUCAUCGUCAUCAUCAAUACGUUUCUGCCCUCGCUCCCCUCCACUCUCAUCUGCCAGGUCCCCGUCAUCCUCGUCAUCGCCCUUAUCAUCUUCCUCCCUGCUGUCCUCUUCACCCCCAUCCGUCAUCACCCACGUCCCCCGGCUGAAGCUGUCUCCGUCCAGGGUGUCGUCUCCACCCUCCCUGGCUCUGAGGGGGCAGCCCUUCCUACCCCUGCCUCAUCAUCCUCUGCCCCCCUGCCCCAGCCCCAUCCACGUCCACCCCCGCAGGGUGCCGGUGGUGGUGCAGCCCAUGCCGCUGGUGUACGCUGGAGUUGGAUCGCUGGGUCCUGGAGGUCUGAUGAUGCCCAUGCUGGAGGAGAGCAGGAUACACAGAAAAGUCAUACACCGAGUUCCAGACAGACCCUCUCCACGGCGAUCACUAAGCGACAGUGAAGAUGACGAUCUGCCCAAUGUCACACUGGACAGUGUGAACGAGACCGGCUCCACCGCCCUGACCAUUGCCCGCGCUGUGCAGGACUCCAUGUUGCCGUUCAGCAUCGACAGCCUGCGAAGGCCGAGGCGGUCCGAGUCGCCCGAUUCUAAGAGGAGGCGCAUCCAUCGCUGUGAGUUUGAGGGCUGCAAUAAAGUUUACACCAAGAGCUCCCACCUGAAAGCCCACAGGAGGACCCACACCGGCGAGAAGCCAUACAAGUGCACGUGGGACGGCUGCACAUGGAAGUUUGCACGCUCGGACGAGCUCACGCGCCACUACCGCAAGCACACAGGCGUCAAGCCCUUCAAGUGCGGAGACUGUGAACGCAGCUUCUCGCGCUCCGACCACCUCGCUCUACACCGCCGCCGCCACGCCCUAGUCUGAAGGAGGGGACGGACAAUUUGGGCCAGAACGAUAUAUAGUGAGACAGGGCGGGGCUCUGUCAGCCAAUGGGGAGCCAGGGAAGGGCAGGACCCCUCCCAGCUCACGGGGAGAAAAGGAGGGAAAUAUGGUGUCUAUUCACGAAUCAAUAGUCUUAGAGUGGGAGUGCUGAUCAGGGAUCAGUUUUUCUGUUUUUUUAUAUCCUAAAGAAUACAUUUAUACAGAUCUGGAGAGCUGAUCCAGAUCCUCUCCCACUUUGAGACAAUGGAGACAAUGAUAUGAGCCUAGGUCUAUAAUUAUGAAGGAUAAACAAGGGGUAUAUAUAUAUAUAAUAUACAUUCACCGUCCACUUUAUUAGAAACACCUGCCUUACGCAUUCCCUCACUAUGAUGUUUUUCUAAACUACAGGUCCUAAAUUAUAAAGGUGUGCAAUUACAGACUGUGAUCAAUUAGAUAUCAGUUGUUGUCAGUUUUUCAGGGCUUAUUUAGACUUCAAAUCCGACUAAAGAUUCAAUUUAGACUUUCACUAAGAGACUUAAAACUUGAAUUCUCACUUGGAGACUUCAAAUUCAAAUUCCCAAGACUCAGACUUUUUGUUUAGAGACUUAAGACUAAUAGAUCUCUACUCAGAGUCUUGGAAAAACUCUGAUUCUCUCUCAAAGUCUCAACUUGAACUUGCAGUCAGAAACCUAUGACUCAGCUCAGAUUCUCACACAGAGACUAAAGACUCAACUUAGACUUUUAUCCAGAGACUAAAGACUUAACUGAGACUCCCUGACUCAUCCACUUAGACUCUGAGAUUCAAGACCCAGCAAGAACUCUCACUCUGAGACUCAAGACCCAACUCUAAGAGACUUUAGGACUCAAUUAGGACUCUCAAUUAGAAUCCCAAGACUCAAAUUGCACUUGCAUUGACAUGAUUCUUAACUUGGACUCACUUGGAUCUCAGAGUUUUGAAUCUCAACCAGAACUCAAUUAAAACUCGAUUAGGACUCAACGUAUACUUGAACUUGCACAAAGACCUGAGAAUCAACUGAGACUCUCUUUCAGAGACUCAAGGCUCAACUCAGAUUCUGUGACUCUAGUUCGAUUCUUUCUCAAAGACUCAGUUUGAACUUGCAGUUUCAACUUGCAGACUUCAAUUCAGACUAAAGAUUCAAUUUAGACUUACAUUUAGAGACUUAAAACUCGAAUUCUCACUUGGAGACUCAAGAUUUAAAUUCCCAAGACUCAGACUUUUUGUUUAGAGACUAAAGACUAAUAGAUCUCUCCUCAGAGUCUUGGGAAAACUCUGAUUCUCUCUCAAUGUCUCAACUUAAACUUGCAGUCAGAAACCUAUGACUCAGCUCAGAUUCUCACACAAAGAAUAAAGACUCAACACAGGCCUUUAUCUAAAGACUAAAGACUUAACUGAGACUCCCUGACUCUUCCACUUAGACUCUGAGAUUCAAGACCCAGUGAAAACUCUCACUCUGAGACUCAAGACCCAACUCUGAUUUUAUUUAAGAGACUCAAGACUUCACUCAGACUCACACUCAAGAGACUCAAGGCUCAGUAUGAACUAUCAUUUAAAGACUCAAAGACUCUGCAUAAACUUUAACUUAAAUAACUAACCUGAGAGACUAAAGAGAGACCUCAGAUUCAGAGACUCAACUUUGAUUCUUACUUAUAGACUCAACUUGAACUUGCAGACACACGUCAGAGACGUAUAACUCAACUCUACAUUAUCUCUAACUCUCAGAUUUGCUCUAAGAGAUUUUAGGACUCAUUUAAGACUCUUAAUUAGAAUCCCAAGACACAAAGCACACUUGCAUUGACAUGAUUCUUAACGUAGACUCUCACUUAAAUUUGUCCUAAGGAAUUUGAAUCUCAACUCAAUUAGGACUCAAUGAGGACUUAAUGAUUACAAUCUCAAGACUCAACGUAUACUUGAACUUGCACAAAGACUUGAGAACCAACUGAGACUUUUAGAGACUUAAGGCUUAACUCAGAUUCUGAGACUCAAAAUCGAUUCUUUCUCAGAGACUCAAUUUAAACUUGCAGUUUCAGAGGCUUAUUAUGACUGAACUCUACAUUAUCUUGCACCCACGACUUGAGUCUUAACUCAGACAAACUCUUAGAUUGUACUCAGUGAUUUAAAUCUGAAUUAGGACUCUGAAUUAUUAUAAUAUCAAUACUUUUAGGACUUACACAUGCACAGAGACUUGAUAAAAAAACUAAUACUCUCUUUCAGAGACUCAAAGCUCAAUCCAGACUCUGAUUUAGUGUCAUUCUUAGAGACUUAAAUCACAAUUUAAACUCUCACUUAGGGAUUUAUUACACAAUUCAGAUUCUCACUUAGAUACUUAAAACUUGCAUAAGACAGGUUGUGAUUUCUAGGUGGGAUAUUUCCCAGUGUAACAGUGAUGGCAGUAGCAUUACUCGUAUAAAUGAGCCAGAAACUGGCCUUGAUAGAGGGUUUGAUAAUAGCUAAUACAAAUGCUAAACACAAGUGCUGCAAUCUCUGUAUAAAAUGUAUAAGGUAGCUGUUUCCAAUAAAGUGGCCACUGAGUGAAAUGGCGAGAGGAUGGGGUUUUGUAUGAAAUCUUAUUGAAUACCAGCACACAGCAUUUACAUAUCAGCAUUUUCUUAAGUUGAAGUUUAUUGAAGUCCCUUUGUCUCGGUUCAAGAAGUAUUUUGUAAAUGUAUUGGAUGCUUUUGGGCCUUUAUGAAGUCAGCCGUGUGGCUGUUGAUUGUCAUCACAAUCACUCACUUUUGAGGGCCAGUUUAGGGCCAGUUUGGAUUUUGGGCCACUGUGGUUUUCUUGCACGUUCCAUUCAGUUCUACAAAGACUAGAACUGACCAACUGGAUCAUCAACAGGGUAACAGUCAAUGUGAAAAAGCAAAUAAUAUCACAGACAGCCUUUUUCUAAACAUGUUCAGAGUUUGAUUAUCACAACGGCAUGUUUUGGUUUCCAUUUAUUUCCCUUCUUCUGCAUGGCUGCAAUACACAAUACCACUUUAUGAUGAGCCUUCCAGGCACUAUUGAAUAAUCACACCUGAAAGGAUUUUAGUCCCUUUAAGGCCGUACAAAUGAAUCUAUGUACUGUGUUCUCCAAAGUCACGUAGCGAAAGAGAGAAAGCGAGAGAUCCUUUACAUUCAAACUCAAUUGCAUCAUUUGUGCACAAACAUACACUCUUAAAAAUCAAGGUUCUUUAAGUGGUUCUUGGAGCGAUGCCAUGGAUGAAACACUUUUGGCUACAUAAAGAAUGAUGUGAAGAAUGGUUCACCCAUUUAAUACUUUGAACAAUGUGUAUAGGCCUGUAUUUUACUACUAUACUAUAAUUGACAUGAAUUUGACAGGUUCUGACAUAGAGCCCUGGGGCACUCCACUUCAAAAUCUGGUACAAUUAGUGCAUUUGCAAUUUUCUUCACUUUGAAUUAGGGUUUAAGGGCUUAAUAGGGCUUAAUAGACUGCAAAAAAACAAUAUCCUACCAAGGGAAAUUAUAUUAUUUCAAGGCAAAAAAUCUUAUUUGAGUUAAAAUAGGCACAAAAAGUUACUAGUCAAGUUAUACUGAUUGUUGUUGUUUUUUUUUUAUUUCAGACAGAAAAUCUGUAUUUUUUGCUUGUUUUAAUUCACUGAUUUUGAGACUUAUUUUCAGAAAUCUUACUUGGAAAAAAAUUGCUUAUCCUAUUGGCAGAUUUCUUUUGCUCAAUAUAAGCAUAUACAUCUCAAGUUACAUAUAUUCUGUCUAGGUUUUCACAAUUAUGUUUUUGCAGUGUAAGGAACAUUUACAUAAAGGUUAUUCAGGUUAUUUAGACUACUUAAAGGAUCUAACACAAGAUUCUAUUCUAUACAUGAAUCUGAUUUUUAAUAAAUGUGAAAUAUCGUAUGCCAUAAUUCAAAAAUUGUUACAAUUGUUCAAUAUAUAAAAUAAUAAUUUAUACAAAUUAAAUAUACAAAUUAAAAGAUACAUUUAAAUCAAAAAUGGCUUACAAAAUGCAUGUUCAAUUACUUUUAUCAACUCCAUAUUCUUCAAACUCAAAAUGUAUUUACAGUAUAUCAAAAAUAUAUAAAGUAUUCCUUUUUUAUGGAACCAAAACUGCUUUGUCUAUGGCAUCACUCAAAGAACCAUUCAAACCACCUUUAUUUGUAGGAGUGCAGUGUAGCAGAUGUCUGUACAUUUUUAUAUAAAGAAAAGAAAUGAAAAUGAUCAUGUUGUGUAUCUUUUUUGUGCAUUUAUGUCAUGUAUUUGUUCAGUAUUUUGCACCCUUUCUUGGAAGUAUGUGAUGUCACCAUUUAUAGUAUUGUACAGGAGGCCUGAUGACUGAUAUUCAAGCCGUCAGAGGGACGCUCCUUUAACCUUUAAUCUGUUUUUACAAUGUAUGUAUUUGUAAAUGAUGUUAUUGUACACAUUUCCUUUUUUAUAUGGAUUGACUGUGAAUUUAUACAUAAAUAUAUGUUUAAUGGAUCAAAUGAAGGCAUGAAUAAAAAGUUUGUAUAUGGAAAAUA